UUUAAGUUCAUUUUGAAGAAUGGAUAUAAAGCAAAAGCUAGCUAUCGUGAACAAGAAGAAGGAGCCAAUCAAGCAUAAGAUCACUAGGGACAUGGUAACAGUAACUCAUGGAGACAUUACAGAACAAAAUACAGAAGCAAUUUGCAACUCUAUCGGCCCAGAGGUCAGAUACGGAUUCAAUGGAGCCAUCGGUAAAUCUAUCGUCAAAGAAUGUGGUGAGGAAAUCAUCGAUGAGUGUUACGAUGAAACCAAGAGAGUCCAUGGCACUGAUGGUCACAUGAAAGUAGGCCAGUUCGUCACUACAGGCCCCGGAGACUCUGCAACUUUCAAACACGUGAUCCACUGUGUGUGUCCGAGUCAUGUCGAUGAAGGUGCCGACCAAGCUCUGAUCGACCUGGUGUUCGGAAUCCUGAUGUUCUGCAACAGACAUAUGGUUGAGUCGUUUGCAACUCCGCCAAUGUCAAGUGGAAUCUUAGGUUUCACUUUCGAGAGAUGCGCAAGAUGCUUCUUCACAGGAAUCAUGGACUUCUUGGAGGCAGUUGAGCACAAGACAACAAUGAAGCAGCUGGCCUUUGUGAUUUACGAGCCAGAGAAGGCGGAGGAAUUCCAAGAAAUAUGGGACGGAUUACUAAUCGAAAGGUUUGGAUCUGUAGAGCCUGAUGAUACAGAUUCUGAUGAAGAGGGUUCACCAGUCUUGCAUGCUCAAGAUUUUGUUAAAAUGAAUAAAAAUUCUAAGCCUAAAACUGACUCCAAACCAGCUACAAAGAAGAUUCAGAAUAAAAUCCGUCAAAAUGUAGAUUCUUCCUCUGAAGAAGAAGAAAAAGAAGAGAGCAAAGAGGCUCCAACUAAGAAACCAGCACCUAAGCCUACUAAGAAAUUAGCAAAGAAGCCUGCGAAGGCAAAGGCAAAGAUAGCGACGAAGAAGAUUGGAAUUGACUCCUCAGACAGCAGUAGUGAUGGAGAAGUGAGUAAUUUCACUAAGAAGACUGCCUUAAAUAAACCCAAAAGUGACCUCCAGAGCAUGAAAUCCAAGAUCUCGACUAAGUCAAAGCCAAUUACAAAGAGCAGGCUCAAGGCAAGUGCAGCAAGAAAGAGACCAGACACAAGCUCAGACGAUGAUUCUAGCGAUGAUGCUCCCCCAAUGAAAAGUGUUGUAUCAAAAUCAAAGAGAAGUGUAAAAGGAUCAGUGAAGAAGAGCAUCAAAAGCUCUACUCUUAGCAGGAAAAGACCUCCACUUUCCUCCUCUAGUGAUGACUCUGAUUAAGAAA